GACUCGCCUUUUUAUUUAUGAUGAUGAUUUUUUGCUGAUUAAAGAGACGGACCUUGGUCCCGCAGGCUCCUGCUGCUGGGUGACAAGAGUCAGGGCUGCCUCUGCCUCCUCCUCCUUCCCCUUCCUCCUCCCUCCCUCUCUCUCCCCUGCCACAUUCCCUUCCUCCUUCCCUGUGUCCCCCCCCCCCUUACCCCCCAGCACCAUGGAGUUCUCUGAGAGGAGAAGAAGCAGGAAAUCCCAAAGCUUCAAACUGGGGAGCCGAGAUUAUCACCAUGAGGUGUUUAAGGCUUCAGAAUACAGCAGUGAUGUAAAUGGUGAAGCCAAAGAGACUCAACCCAUUUUUUUAGGAGAUGAAAGCAUGGAAAUUAAAAAGCAAAUUACUGGGAUGAGAAGACUACUAAAUGACAGCACUGGAAGAAUCUAUCAGCGUGUUGGCAAGGAAGGAGAAAAAUUAAAGGAAGAACCUCAAGAUUUAGACUUAGUUUGGGCUCCGCGGUUGAACUCCUCAGCAGAAGCCCGACAGACUCUUCGUCCUUCCUCAAGUGGUGCCUGGACUGAAAUAGUACCUCCAGUUGGCCAUUUCUCAGGGCAGUAUGGAACCCGAUCAAAGUCAUUCCAGAAUCAACCCAAAACUGCUAUAGGAUCCAAUGGAGAACUUCCAGUGGUGAAUUCAUCAGUUGGUUCGAACUGCUGUACUUGUAACUGCCAAUCAACAUUGCAGGCCAUUCUCCAAGAACUCAAGACCAUGAGAAAAUUAAUGCAAAUUCAAGCAGUUGGUGUCCAAAACAGACAGCAACCCCCAAUUCCCCUUAUCUGCUCCCAGCGAACUGCUGUCUCUCGCAAGAGAAAUAAAAAGAAAAAAGUGCCGCAAAAGACUGUUGAACCUCUGACUGUGAAUAAGAAGCCCAGCGAGCUAGAGAAUGAGAAGAAAACAACAGAGGCCACCGAAAGGUCUGGUCUCCAAACAGUUGAACGCAUCCCAGCUGAGGAAAAUCAUGUUUUGGGAUUUGGAAUUGUUCUUGAAUCACCUGCCUCCGAUCCAGAAGUACAACUUGCUGAAGGCUUUGAUGUGUUUAUGCCUAAAUCUCAGCUGGACUCUAUACUGUCAAACUACACUCGCUCAGGAAGCCUUCUAUUUAGAAAACUGGUGUGUGCUUUUUUUGAUGACAAGACUUUGGCUAACUCCUUACCCAAUGGGAAGAGGAAAAGAGGACUCAAUGAUAACCGGAAAGGACUUGACCAAAAUAUUGUGGGUGCAAUAAAAGUCUUCACUGAAAAGUACUGCACAGCUAACCAUGUGGAUAAACUUCCUGGCCCAAGAGACUGGGUACAGAUUCUGCAGGAUCAAAUUAAACUGGCCAGAAGAAGAUUAAAAAGAGGUUCAGCAGAGGUAGCUGACUGUGAUGAAAGACUGGACAGCAUUUCUGUACCACCAGCAGGUAAUAUUUUUGAGACCAGGACAGUGAAGUUGGAAGGUGCGGAACCAGAUUUCACUUCCUAGACCCUGACUUCUGUGACAGUUCCAUGAGCUUAUGUAAUCCUUCCUUCGGUUUGAAGUUCCUGCAAGAGCUGCAUAACUAUUUCAGGUUACUGCAAAGUGUGAAUGUGUCUGUGCAGUUUUCCCUUCAAGUUGUUUUCACAUAUUUUCUCUGUCCUGUGGAAUUAUCAAGCCACCAAGUUGUUUCAAGGUUCUCCAUCAUCACUAGACUUGAUUUAUUACUUUUUAAAUGGCCAAUAUAUUAUCCAAUUAGCUUGGUGACCAUUGUAACAGAAAAAAGUUAUCCCUUUUUUGUUUAUCAUCGUUCCCCUCAUGUGAUUGUACACAGUGGUUGAUGCUGCUUAUUUAUUUCACCUUAAACUAUAUGGUUGUAAGAUUAAAAAAAAAAAGAGAGGCCUUCCCCAGUUCUGAGGAUACCCCAGGGAAACCAAAUUUAAAUCCGUGUUUCAUUACUUUAGAAAUGAGAAAGGAAAUUCUUUUAGGUAGUCAAGAGAGCUCUUGGCUAUUGCAAAAAACUGUGUCCCCAAUAGAAGGGCAGGGAGAAUUUAGAGGUGGGGAGGAGAAACAUAUUUUAUGCUAGUAGUUUUUAUGCCUACUGCAGAGAAAUCUUUCAAACGAGCAAUUAUUUGUGAAACUUUAACCCAGUACUUAUAAUGAUAAUGAUGAUAAUAAUAGCAAUUGUGGUGUUUGUU